AUGAGCAAGGGUUAUUCAGUGCCUGUUGUGGAUUUGGAUCAAAUUUGUGAUGAGACAGAGUUACUUCCCGUGGUCAAGAGGAUUCUGCGCGAUAAUGAUACUUUUCUGUUGAAGAAUUACGCUAACAAGAAGGCGUUGGAUGAUUUGCUCGGGGAAUUGAAAGAAGAUGACUUCCCGGAUGCGGAGGAAGGCUUUGAUGCGAAUUUUACAGGUGUUUUGCAGCUAACAGGCGAUGUUUUAAUGGAACAGUACAUCUUUAGUACUGAUCAGACGUUGAAAUUCGACAGAGAGUGCAGAAAUGAGACUCUGAGGAAGGUGUAUGCCAGACUAUUCAAAGUAGCGCUUUUUUUUGCACAAAUUUGCCUGAAAAGUGUGGGAGCGGAGGUACCUUUGACCGAAACAAGUUAUUCAGCGGUAUUGAAUCGAUUUUUCCAUGGUGGUUCAGACACGUCAAUGUCCAUUGAUGGCGAGACUUUUCAAUAUGCGUCGUUUGGGGGCUACAGGGAUUUACUACCAACGGGAGUAUUGACUGUAUUCCCCGCGGCACGGGGAAUCAAGUAUAAGCCACCGACGAUGGGCUCUGGCGACAGUUUUUGGGUCGCAAUCGAUGAGCCGGACUGCCUUUUGUUCCACACGGGGACGCUGUUGGCACACUACUCGGGCGGUUCUCACUCGACGUCCACCAUCAGGAUAUCGUCUGAAAGUAAUAUUCUGCAUCUUACGCUAGCGCCUCCGCUAGCAACUGUAGUGGAUUCCAGCGGCGAAAGGCUGGCUGAUAGACUGCUGAGACAGCAGAUUGUGGAACUUCCGGAAGUUGCUAAAAGCUACUACCCUAGAGAGGCGGCUUUGAUACAGCUUGAGAAGACAAUUGCAUUUUACAAAGAACUGUUCUCGACCUGCGAAACAGUACUGCCUCUAUACGCUAUGUCAAGAUCAACACAUUCUGCUCCACGUUUGGGCUCCUUGCUGCCGCAGAUAUCAAACAUGAUGCGAGGAAAGGUUUCACAGCAGGACUUUCUGAAGAUGGUAUCACUGUGGCCUGAUUGUUACGUACUCCAAGCUGAUUCAAAAGGUGAACUCACUGUUAAGCAGCCAAAAUUAGAUCAGCAACAGCUCUUAAUCAAUAAAUCGAGACGUUUGGAAUUUGUUGAAAGAGCGGACUCAUGGCUGAGCAGAAUAAGAAGUCUAGAAGAUAUACCAACCGACGUUCCUGCUUGGAAAGUCUCCAAAAGACGAGGCAGUGGUGGAUCUGAGCCAGACCCAAAUAAUAGGAUCAGGAGAACUGCUGCACCAUCACCAAGGAAACGAAAUUACGUCUUCAAUUCGGCUGAGAGGUUCAAUUAUGCAGAGAAGGAGAAGGAUUCUCAAAGCAACCUUUUGGAGAGGUUGAGAGAGAGGGAAAGACGAUCGGCCGCACUUCUGUCUCAACGCCAAAGGAACUACGAUCAGUUCUUGGCUGUUAAAAUGAAGCAAGUCUUCGAGAUUCUGUAUUCGUUGCCACAGGGUAAACCUUAUACAGUCACUCAUCUGGGAACACUCAUUGUGGAUAGCUUACAAGACAGCAAUAACCCCAUCGGAUUUGAAGAAGCGGACACGAUUUUAAGCAAAUUGCAAGGAUUACUGAACAAAGAAGUGACAGUUCAAACCGCCGAUGGUGGAUUGAAGGUCUACAGAUGGAAAAAUCUGAACAGGGACCUUCUUCUGGAAAGAAUCGAUAGAGAAUUAAGCAGUUCUCAGCGGCUUAUAUAG